AUGGCAAUAAGUAAUAAUACAAAAGACAUGUCAUCAACUCUCGAAAACACUAUUCCAGUAAACGGCGAUUCCUCAUCCUCUAUCGUUCGUGCUUCCGUCGUUCAGGCCUCCACAGUUUAUAAUGAUACUCCCAAAACUAUUGAAAAGGCGGAGAAAUUGAUUGCGGAGGCCGCUAGCGGCGGAUCGAAGCUGGUGGUAUUCCCGGAAGCGUUUAUCGGUGGCUAUCCUCGUGGAUAUAGGUUCGGUAUAGCGGUUGGUAUUCAUAAUGAAGAAGGUCGUGAUUGUUUCCGCAAGUAUCAUGCUUCUGCCAUUCAAGUUCCUGGCCUUGAAGUAGAAAAACUGGCAGAUGUGGCUAGGAAAUACAAUGUGUACUUGGUCAUGGGGGUUAUAGAGAAGGAUGGAUAUACACUGUACUGCACAGCUCUUUUUUUCAGUUCUGAAGGUCGGUUCUUGGGCAAGCACCGUAAAGUCAUGCCUACAUCUUUUGAACGUUGCAUUUGGGGUUUCGGGGAUGGAUCAACCAUCCCUGUUUAUGACACACCCUUAGGCAAACUUGGUGCUGCUAUUUGCUGGGAAAAUAGGAUGCCUCUUUUCAGGACUGCGUUAUAUGGAAAAGGUGUGGAAUUGUAUUGUGCACCUACUGCUGAUCCAUCAAAAGAAUGGCAAUCUUCUAUGCUUCAUAUUGCACUUGAAGGUGGUUGUUUUGUGUUGUCGGGUUGCCAAUUCUGCAUGCGUAAAGAUUUUCCUGAUCAUGCUGAUUACUCGUUUACCGACUGGUAUGAUGACCAAGAACAAAAUUCUAUUGUUUCACAAGGUGGUAGUGUCAUCAUUUCACCAUUGGGAAAGGUUCUCGCUGGACCUAACUUUGAUUCAGAGGGUCUCAUCACCGCUGAUCUUGAUCUUGGUGAUAUCGCAAGAGCCAAGUUAUACUUCGAUGUGGUUGGACAUUACUCAAGGCCAGAUAUAUUUAACUUGACAGUAAAUGAGCAUCCAAAAAAACCAGUUACGUUCAUGUCAAAGUCGGUGAAAACAGAGGAUAACUCAGAGUCUCAAGAAAAAUAA